UAAAGCAGCGACGGAAUGAGCGCGGAUUCGUACGGCUUUGCGAGAAAACUGGAUUUGAUUUGCUGCCGACGCGUCCGUCCCCGUCCCCCCGCGCCGUCUUCUCUUCUCUUUCCCGACGGCGCCGUCCCAAUCUCGUCUCACUCCUCCUCACCAAACCAAACCCCAAAUUCGCAUCGAUCCGACUCCGAUUCACCGACGCCGGCGGCCGCCACAUGCUCUGGAUCGGGCCUCGCCGCCAUGGCUUCCACCUGCAAGGAUAAGCUGGCCUACUUUAGGAUCAAGGAGCUCAAGGAUGUCCUGGCGCACCUCAACCUACCCAAGCACGGGAAGAAGCAGGAACUCGUCGACAGGAUCCUCGCGCUGCUCUCGGACGAUCAAGGCCAGUGGCAUCUUGGACGAGGGCACAAAAACGUGUCCAGCAAGGAGGUAGUGGCAGGAGUAGUUGAUGAUAUUUACAGCAAGAUGCAAGUGCAUGGUCCUCCCGAUCUGUUAUCUCAGACCCAGGUUGGGCUAGAUUUCAACCAUAGAAAACCCAGAAUGGAACAAGAGCACUCUUGCCAGUCGGACACCAACUCUCGCUGCCUUUGUGGUCAACCAUUUGUUCUUGGGAAUGUGGUCAAGUGUGACGAUUGCCAAGUACAGCAGCAUAUGGCCUGUGUACUAAUUCCAGAGAAGCCUACAGAGGGUUUAGUACCUGAAGUUCCUGCCCAUUUCUAUUGUCAGUUGUGUCGGCUAAGCCGAGCAGACCCAUUUUGGGUGACUACUGGAUAUCCAUUACUACCUGUGAGACUGAUGUUCUCAGAUAUUGCAAAUGAUGGAAGGAAUGUUUCUCAGAGUGUGGAUAAAACAUUUCUACUCUCUCGAUCUGAGAUGCAAACUGUUCAGGGAGCUGAAUAUGAUAUUCAGGUUUGGUGUAUGCUUCUAAAUGAUAAAGUUCAGUUCAGGAUGCACUGGCCUCAGUAUGCAGAAUUACAAGUAAAUGGUAUACAGGUGCGAGUAGUUCCCAGGCCUAUUUCUCAGUUACUGGGGAAUAACGGACGGGAUGAUGGGCCGGUGAUAACAACCUUGUGCCGAGAAGGACAGAAUAAAAUAUUUUUAUCAAGUGUUGACACUCGACAAUUUUGUUUUGGGAUCAGAAUAGCGAGGAGGAGGACAGUUGACCAGGUUCUAAAGUUGGUGCCGAAGGAAGCUGAUGGCGAGUCUUUUGAGGAUUCUCUUGCUCGUGUUUGUCGCUGCCUCAGAGGUGGAAAUACUACAGAUGAUGCUGACAGCGAUAGUGAUUUGGAAGUGGUUGCUGACUUCUUUCCAGUCAGCCUGCGUUGUCCUAAUAGUGGAUCCCGGAUCAGGACCGCAGGAAGGUUCAAGACUUGUGCUCACAUGGGUUCUUUUGAUCUGCAAACUUUUGUAGAACUGAAUCAACGGUCGCGGAAGUGGCAAUGUCCAACAUGUCUAAAGAAUUAUUCCGUUGAGAGCAUGAUCAUUGAUCGGUAUUUCAAUCGAAUCACUUCUCUGGUUCAGAAUUGCAGUGAAGAUGUUACUGAGAUAGAUGUGAAGCCUGAUGGCUCUUGGCGUGUGAAGGGUGAUGUUGAAGAUAUUGAAUUAGCUCAAUGGCACUUGCCUGAUGGUUCCCUUUGCAAUGUGAAACAAGACAGUAAUCUUGUUGCUGGUGAUGUAAACCAGUUUAAGGAAGGUGGUAGUUAUGAUGGAUCUGAAAGUUCAAAAAUUGGAAGCAAGGGAAAUCUAGAUCUUAAUGGAUUCUGGGAAGUUAGUAAAGCUGAUGACAUAAAGCCCUCGAUGGCUGUAAGUCAAAUUAAAAAUAUUGAAUACAAUGUUCCGAACAUUGUGCCUAUGAGCAGCAGCCAUACUGGGGUUUACAGAGAUGGGGACUACCUUAGUGUGAGCGAGUGCAGCACACAGUUUGGUCUAUCUUUGAUAAAUGGACAUGAGCUAGAUAGUUUCUCUCACAAGUUUGGUCAGAUGUACAAAACAGAUGAUAGACCACAGAAACAGCUUAAAGAUGCAGAUGUCAUUGUUCUCAGUGAUUCUGAUGAAGAAAAUGCUUUGGUAGUAUCUCCACCAGCUGCCUAUGAUACGGACACUGCUAACAUUGAUGGUUUCGGUUUUUCUGUCACUGCUGGAAGAGUUGCUGAAAAUUGCCAGGAGGCUGGCGAAGUCGGGCGUCUUGGUUUGUUCAGUGACAACAGUGAUAUUUUUGACAUAAAUCCCUGGCCGAUGCAUUCCUGUACCCAGCCAGAGCAAGGCUUCCAUUUCUUUGGAACUGAUAUUGAUGCUGCAAAUACUUUAGUUGAUUCUCGUAAUUUUUCUGACGUGGCACUAAAUGCUUAUACCCAUGACUGUAAUGCUGAUACUUCUAUGGUUCAUGAUCUUUCUAAUUGUGAUGGCCGCACGAAAAGCUUAGUUGAUAACCUGUUGCCUUUCAACAAUGAUGAUUCUUCUUUGCGAAUUUUUCUUCCUAGCCAACCAUCUAGUGUUCCUGCUCGGGAAGAACGGAAUGAGUGUGAUAGCAUGUCAAAUGGGGUCCAGCAUGAUGGUUGGAUAUCUCUUUCACUAGGUGCAGGUGGAGGUGGUAAUGAACAGUCUGAGACAGCACAUACUUUGAACCCACAACCGCAAAUUCCAUUGAAAGAGAGAAGUGAUGCUGCAGGUUCUCUUCUCAGCUUGAAUGAUGACAGGUAUAACAAAGAUACUUCCAAUACAAGGGCUGGAAAUCUAUUUUCUCAUGCACUGGAGCCUCGAUCUGUUAAGCCUCGACUACGGCUAUCAAUUGACGGUGAUUCUGAGUAGUUUUGAUCGGGCAAGUAGAUUACCGCAUGGCUGCCCCAACCCCGGCGCGUAUGCUUUUUUACUUUGGAUGCCUGUCAUGUGCUUCUGGGCGAUGUAAAGAGAUACCGACAUACAUAUUUCCAUAGUUUUAACCUGCUUACAGACUACAGAAAUUUAAAGUGGUGGACGGUGUGGAGGAUGAAGACAUUUGACGACAUCUUGGCUAACUUGAAUUGAAGGUUUUCAUAGGAUUUCUGGCAGCCUAUUGUACAUUUGAGCAGAGUACCUGACUUUUACUGGACAUAUGCAGUGGCUACCCCAAAUGGAAAGCAAAAUACAUGUGAAAGUUUGUGUAUGAUGAGUGUAAUUACAGUUGCGGGAUAUGAUACAUUCCAUAAACAGAGGACACCGAUGAUUCGUUUUACCUGUCAAAUAGUAUCAUACAUGAAUUUUUUUGAUGCAACAGAUUUGGUUGUAUCGGUGCUUAAUUCUAGUCCUCAUUUUUGGGGUGGAUGAUAGAUCA